CGGACGUUCUGACUUGACUAGUGGUGUUUCUGCGGGUGCUGAACGAGGUGGAUAGUAGCCGGAUAGAAAUCUAUAAAGAUGGCCUCAGCAACAGCAACCUACGGGCAGAAGGAGUCUUCGGACCAAAACUUUGACUAUAUGUUCAAGAUCCUCAUCAUUGGCAACAGCAGUGUGGGCAAAACCUCCUUUUUGUUCCGCUACGCCGAUGACUCCUUCACACCGGCCUUUGUCAGUACGGUGGGCAUUGACUUCAAGGUGAAGACCAUCUACAGGAAUGACAAGAGGAUCAAAUUGCAGAUCUGGGACACGGCAGGGCAGGAGCGUUACCGCACUAUCACCACGGCCUACUACCGAGGAGCCAUGGGCUUUAUCCUCAUGUACGACAUCACCAACGAGGAGUCCUUCACUGCUGUCCAGGACUGGUCGACUCAGAUUAAGACGUACUCGUGGGACAACGCCCAGGUGCUGCUGGUCGGGAACAAGUGUGACAUGGAGGACGAGCGAGUGGUGGGAGGAGAUAGAGGCCGGCAGCUGUCUGAACACCUCGGUUUUGAGUUCUUCGAGGCCAGCGCCAAGGACAACAUCAACGUAAAGCAGACCUUUGAGCGCCUGGUCGACAUCAUCUGUGAAAAGAUGUCGGACAGCCUGGACGCCGGAGACCCUGCCGUCACAGGGGCCAAACAGGGGCCCCAGCUGACAGAGCAGCCCGCUCCUCCUCACCAGGACUGUGCAUGUUAAAUCUGACUACUCCCCUCAAACCCUUUAUCUCCCUCUUGCUCUUUGUCCUCCCUCAGCGGGACCCCGAGGCCUUGGGUCAAAUACUCCCAUCACCCUUUACACUCACUUUCCUGCUUCUUUCUGUAACCUAGUAAGGAUGAUUGGCUGAGGGGCACAAGAGCCAGGUUGAAAAGUGUCUGAAAUGCUCUGAGAUGCUAGUGGACCAGUGCUGAGGCGUGUUUGAGUCCGGUUCCUCCUUAUAAAAGAGCUAAAAGGUGGUCUGAAACCAAACCAAGUUCAAUCAAACCAGAUUGUUUCAGACUCUUUGUAAACCAGGUUCCUGAAGGUUCCCGACCCAUCAUUUGUUGUCUCCUUGUUCCUCAGUGUGGUUUUACAAGAAGGAU